GCGCGGAGGCGCUGCCAGGAGGCCCCGACCCAGCGGCGGCCGAGGCGUGAGGGAGCGGAGCGCAGCGGAGCGGGCGGCGUCCCCCGGCCGCACCCCGGCCCCGGCCACGCUGGCGCCCGGGGACCCCCCCGAGAUGCCGGUUCGGAGCGAGAGGCGCCGCGCUGGAGGGGCGGGGGGCUCGGCCUCCUCCGCCGCCGCCGCCGGAGCGGCCGCCAGCAGCCUGGUGCCGCCGCCCCCCAUCAACACGGCGCAGCCCGGGGUGGCCACUUCGCUUCUCUACAGCGGGGCCAAGUUCCGCGGGCAGCAGCGCAGCAAAGGCAACGCCUACGAGGUGGAGGUCGUCAUGCAGCAUGUGGAUAUGGAAAACUCCUAUCUCUGUGGAUACUUGAAGAUUAAAGGCCUUACAGAGGAGUACCCAACCCUCACCACGUUCUUCGAGGGCGAGAUAAUCAGUAAGAAACACCCGUUCCUGACGCGCAAGUGGGACGCCGACGAGGACGUGGACCGCAAGCACUGGGGGAAAUUCCAGGCUUUUUACCAGUAUGCAAAAACAUUUAACUCUGAUGACUUUGAUUAUGAAGAUCUAAAAAAUGGGGACUAUGUCUUCAUGAGAUGGAAGGAGCAGUUCCUAGUCCCAGAUCACACCAUCAAGGACAUCAGUGGUGCUUCCUUUGCUGGUUUCUAUUACAUCUGCUUCCAGAAGUCAGCAGCAUCUAUAGAGGGCUAUUACUACCAUAGGAGUUCAGAAUGGUAUCAGUCGUUGAAUUUAACGCACGUUCCCGAGCACAGCGCUCCUAUCUACGAGUUCCGAUGACAGCUGCCCACGUCUGAGAACACCCAGAAGCAAAGGGGCAGGAGGGCAUGGCCUGCCAGGAGAACUGUGUCCCUGUGGGAGCACGGCAAUGCACGCUUCUCUCCUGCCCUUGGACUCGAGAGAGAGAGAGAAAGAGAGCCUGGAUGUGAACUCACCCAGCCCGAGGAGCUGCUGGAGCUUUGUUCUCCCUCCUGUCGAGUGGCCAUUUGAUCUUUACUCUGGUUUUAAGCUACUUUAAUGCACUUUCUUGUUGCACA